CUGUAAAUCAAUAUAAUUAACUAAAUGUGUUUUAAAAUUGGACUUAUUUUCACUCAAGAAUGUGGAUGUGUUGUCUAGUGAUAAUUGUCGUGCCUUAUUAAUUUAUUUAUUUAGGCGAUCUUAGGAAAACUUUUAGUAAUUGUAAUCUGACCUUGUUAGCAAUGGAGGGGAUUUAUAAAGUAAAUUUGAUACCAAGUGAUUUGAAUACGGAAGAAACUAUUCUCCAAAUUGCUGAUACGUUAGACAAUCUCAGUGGGAUUGUUGAUGAUGUUUUUGCUCAAUUAAUGAGCCGAAUUAACCAGAACAUGGAAAAAACAACGAAGCUGAAUGAAAGGAUAGAAAUUUCAAGGAAUAAAGUGGAAAAGCUCACGGGAAUGCAAAAAGCUAUUAAAGUAUUCUCAAGUGCGAAAUAUCCUGCUUCAAUUGCGCAUGAACACUAUGAAUCCGUUUUUGGCUUAGACGGAUACCACCAUGAGCCUCAGAAAGUAGUCCUGAGUGGAAAGACUCAAGGACAGGCGCAUGAGAAGGGAAUACAGGAAAAACUACAUUUCUAUCAUGUCAAAGUGGCCCAACGGAGGAACCCUAAACCUAAGCCAGAUUUCGAUUUGAACUCUGUAAUCGACGACUUGUCGACUGUGGGCGAGUUAUUAGUUUUCAACACAGAUGAAAGCCCGUAUCUGGGCACCACCAGCAAGGUGCCGACGUAUGCGCCGAAAGUUGCCGCUGUCCAAAACAAAAGCCUCUUGGAAGAUGCCCCGUCCUCAAUUAUGAAGAGAGACGUUUUGAAGCGCGAAGUCGAUGAAUAUUUAUAUGCGCCCGGGAUGGGAAUGGUGCCAGAACUUGAAAUGCCUCUAGAUCUACCACAUUUGCCGGGAAUAGCAGGCGAUGUACAGUUCUCGAUCACCAGUGAUGGAUCCAUCGCACCUUCAGUGGUCACGUCCCCCGUAGCCGCGAUGAUGUUAGCCGAGCCUGCGUUGGCGGAAGUGGAACUACCUGAUCUCGAAGAGUUGCCAGAUGUGGAGUUGGAAGCUCCUUUGUCUGAUGCCCCCGAUGCUCCGCCGCCGCCUGUGAUGGCAAGCCCGCCGAUGAGCGCGCCUCCUCCACCUCCCCCUCCACCGCCGCCACCUCCACCACCUAUAGAAGCCGAACCUCCUGCUGAUGUUAAAAGGAUCGAAAAGACUCCGGCGCCGCCGCCACCGCCGCCGUCUGUCGGAAAUGCUCACGCCAACCUGAUGGAAGCGAUCCGGCAAGCAGGAGGCGCUGGUCGAGCCAAACUGCGGUCUGCCGUUGAACCUCCUGCAGUGAAGGACAAGAAACCAAGCGGUGGAGACCUUAUGGCUGACCUUCAUGCCAAGUUAUCAAUGCGGCGUCGCGGAAUCUCUGGAGCUGAACGUUCUAGCGGAACAGUACUACAUACCCUCGCCAGCGUCAUACCCGAACCGGGAGAAGAAUCUUCGGCAGCACAGCAUUCAUCCAGUGAGAAUGAGUGGGAGUGAGCUUUUGCCUAAAGGUAUUAAAAAAAAGGAUAUAAGACCGCCUUUCCCAUUUAUGGUAUUUCGAAAAUAGAAUCUUACUUAUUGUGUAAACAAAUCUCGUUCAAUAUAUAAAUUGUUUAAUAAAUGUUCUUUUGACUUAAAAAAAAAGGUUAUCCAAAAAUAAGUUAGAGACAGUUACGGACUUGAGGUUUAAAUUAAACAUGUAAUAUUUUAAAUUAUACACGUAUUUAAAGAAUUGAAC